UUUCGUCCAUCGACGCGACGUACGUGACGGGGAUUCGACGUGACCGACUAGCAUGACUAGUGUCGUGUAACGCUUUCGACAGAUUUUCGGGAAGUUGUAUUGUUUCUUACAUAUCACGCAUAAGCCGAAAACUGAUUUUAUUAGAAGAGACUCUAAAGGUUUCUAGGUGCAGUCAAGUAUGGCUGACUCCAGUGUUAAAAAUCCCCCACCGGAGAACUUCAAAGGAUGGCUCUACAAGUGGACAAAUUACAUCAAGGGCUACCAGAGGCGUUGGUUUGUACUUUCAAAUGGGCUUCUGUCUUAUUAUCGUAACCAAGCUGAAAUGGCCCACACUUGCCGUGGCACUAUUAAUCUGUCUGGUGCCUACAUCGACACAGAGGACUCUUGUAACUUUGUCAUCUCCAGCGGCACGCAGACCUUUCAUCUCAAAGCCAGCUCUGAGGUAGAAAGACAACGAUGGGUAACAUCACUGGAAUUGGCCAAGGCUAGAGCCAUACAAAUGAUGGAAGAAGAUUCAGAUGAUGAAGAAGAACUGCCGUCAGAUGUAGACCGCACAGAGCUGCAGACAACCUUGCAUAUCCUGACCAGCAAACUAGAAGAUCUGGGUAUCUGCAAUGACCUGAUCUCUAAACAUGGAACGGCACUCCAACGUGCCUUAAGUGACCUAGAGGUCAUCCAAGAUCCAACCGAGGCAAUAAGCAAACUCAAAAGCAUCAAUGAACGAGCAACACUGUUCAGGAUUACCUCCAAUGCCAUGAUCAAUGCGUGUGGAGAGUACUUAGAGCUGGCACAAGCACAGGGACGCAAGUGGCAGAAGGCUCUGCAGUAUGAGAGAGAUCAGAGACUACGAUUAGAGGAUACCAUUGAGACAUUGGCCAAACAGCACAACUCACUUGAGCAAGCUUGCCGGGAGAAAGGGCGUCAGGACCACAAGAGUGUCAAAGGAACAGAUGCAGAUGAUGAUGAUGAAGACAAUGAAUUUUAUGAUGCCACAGAAGAUUUUACAUCUGUUCAACUCAUUUCAAAUGUGAAAGGUCACAACCGGACUGGUAGUGACAUAAGUGGUAACAGUAUAGCUAGCAGUGAAGGAGAGAGUAGGCCAGGGGAACCAUUAAGCACUGAUGAUCUCAUGAUGCAAGACAAACACAGCCAUAAAGAUUCCAGCAGCUAUUGGCUAAAGCCUAGUUCCAUCCAGACUGGUCGAGUGCGACGGAAGACAAUCCCAACCAAACCAACUGCUGGCCUGAAUUUAUGGAGUAUCAUUAAAAACUGCAUUGGGAAGGAACUCUCCAAGAUCCCUGUGCCGGUGAAUUUUAAUGAACCAUUAUCCAUGAUUCAGCGGUUGGGUGAGGACUUGGAAUAUGCUGGAAUGCUAAACACUGCAGCAGAAUGUAAGACUACAUUAGAGGAAAUGUGCUAUGUUGCCGGUUUCACCAUUGGUGCCUAUGCAUCGACAGCAGUCCGCAACACCAAACCCUUCAAUCCGCUACUAGGGGAGACCUAUGAGUUUGACAGGUCAGAUGACUUAGGUUGGAGAGCACUUUGUGAACAGGUGAGUCAUCACCCUCCAGCUGCUGCCAUUCAUGUGGAAGCUAAAGACUGGAUUCUCUGGACAGACAUUACAAUUGCCAGUAAAUUCAGAGGCAAAUAUCUCCAAGUCUUCCCUCAAGGGAUCAUUCAUAUACAAUUCCGGCAGACGGGCAGUCACUACACCUAUCGGAAAGUCACUUCCACUGUUCACAACAUCAUUGUUGGCAAACUGUGGGUGGACCAGAGUGGAGAAUGUGAAGUUGUCAACCACACCACCAAAGAGUGUUGCAGAAUCAACUAUAAGCCAUACAGUUACUUUUCUGGAGACACACCACGAAAGGUGACAGGUGUGGUCACAGAUACUAUGGGUGCUGCCAAGUACAUCAUAUCUGGGACAUGGGACCAAAAGAUGGAAUAUGCAAAGGUUCUGCACACAUCGAUGGAUAAGGGGAGUAGGGCAAAGCCACUGUAUCAGACUGCCCCUCCAAAACUGUUAUGGCAGAAAAACCCUCUUCCACCCAAUGCAGAGAACAUGUACAACAUGACUAGUUUCUGUAUCACUAUGAAUGAACCAGAGGAAGGCAUAGCACCCACUGACACUCGUAAUCGUCCAGAUCAGCGUCUGAUGGAGGAGGGUCUGUGGGAUGAUGCUAAUAAGGAGAAACUACGACUGGAGGAGAAACAAAGAGCAACAAGGAGGAAAAGAGAGGCAGAGGCAACAGCUGCUGCCGAAGCAGGCAAACCUUGUGAUAGCUACAAGCCAGUGUGGUUUGACAGAAAGAUGGACCCACUGACCAAGACUAUCACAUACAUCUACAACAGCAGAUACUGGGAUUGUAAAGAGAAGGGAGAAUGGCCCGAGUGCCAGGACAUCUUUUAGAACAAUGCUAUACACUCAGUGCUUCCUGUCCUCAAGACAAGGUUUGUGAAGGUGAUCAUGGAUCUGAUGGCAGGUUCAUUAGACAGCCAGUGUGUCAAUGCUGUAAAGCAGACACCAUGUCUUACCAACCCUGCAGGUGAAACAUGAACCUAUACCUGCUAUCCUGUCUACCAUAAAUGAUUCAGUUUACAUAUUUGCAUUGCAAGAGUUGAAAGUUUCAGAAUGCUUGUGGAGCCAUUAUGAGAUUAUAAAAAAAAAUUGGAGAUAAUUUUUCCCAAUUUUUAAGAAUAUUUAAAUUACUAGUAUAUAUUGCAUUUACAAAGAUUGUUCCAUUGUGUUUUAUGCUUUGCUUAUCUUAAAGCUAGUUUCUGGAGAAAAACUUAAGUGUGGAAGUUGUGUAGGUUGAUUUUUUUUUGUACAUACAUAUAGUUGUGAAAAAGCAAAAUAAAUUGGAGAAUGCCCACUAUAAUCCAGAACGCCUAUUUUAAUACCGGUGCAGCAUGAAUUUAGGUUUUAUGAAAUACGGACUCAUUGGUGGUAGUGCGCAUACUUAUGCAUAGAUAAUUAGAAGAGGGACCGGUCACAUGAGAGGGUUUAACCAAUAAAAGGAAAAAAGAGUCCGAUUUUCAUACGAGUCCGAUUUUCAUAUGACACCGGUAUAUGGUAUAGUGUUGCAGUUUGAGAGUGUUCAGAACAUUUCACCUCAGAAAUUUGACAACAGUCAUUGAUCCAAUGCUUCACUGAAGGAUCUGUGUUUCAUGGCUUUGUAGACAUUUCUUUGGAAAUUGAUAUUCAAAGCUUGUUUUGAUAGUUCAAUUCUUGAAGCUAAUCAUGGAAAACCUAAUUACAAAUGUAAUUUUCAACUUACAAUGUCUGAAAUAAAAUGGUUGAACUUGAACUUGACAUGGUAGAAUAAACAGUGUUUAUUACUCUAGAGUCAGAACUUAUAAUUCUGUAUUCACACAUGGCACGCUGCUUAAGAAAAGAAUUAAAGUAAUGCAUGUAUGAAUUUAAGAUGUGUAUUAAAAUAUAAUGAAUGAACAAGCAAAUAAAUAAGACACUAAAAAUAUUUAUAAAAAAGGUAUUUAAGCAAUGAAGUGCGGAUUCAAUCUUCCCAAACUGAGAUCAUAACUUUACAAAUAAACGGUGAGAGAGUCAAGGUGUAAUAAAAUGACCAUAGAUUGUGGCAGUUAUGGAU